UGUCCGUGUUUGUAGCCAGCACUUUCAGCCAGAGGACUUCGAAACGGACCUGAGGUCUCAACUGAUGGGUUUGCCAGGUCGUCGCACGUUGAAAAGUGAAGUUAUUCCAUCAAUUUUCCCCUUCACUUAAAAGAGGAAGGCAUCCGAUCAGCCAACAUCAGAGCAGCAGAAAACAAGUCGAGCUGUGUAUCUGAACAGUAUUGAAGCUCUCAUCACACCAGAGGUGGCUCCAAUAUUGCCUGGAAGGAAGAACAAAGGUGUUCUGACUCGUCCCCGUGUCCAGGAUUCUGGAACCAGCAUUGACAUUACACCUGAGAGUGCAGAUGUGUGUGUGAACAGAGUCUGUCUGCUGCAGCUCUUCCUGCUCUGCGAGAGGUGUGGCUGCGACUGUGAUGCCAGGAUCCAGGAUGAACUGGGUUGCUUCUCUGUCGUUCAGAAGUGCCCGUUCUGCAGUCACCACAGGAAAUGGAUGAGCCAGCCCUCUUUUGCCCAGGAAACCUGUGGAUUGAAGGAAGAGGCGAUUGGAGGGACUUGGUCCCAGCCAUGUGAAGACAGAGACCCAGACCUAGAGAACAUUUGCUUGACUAUGGAAAUCACUGAGGAGUUGUGUGAACAUGAUGCUCGGUCCUCGGAUGAGGAGAGUGAGGAGGACGAAAAGCCCAAGAAGCGGAAUAAGCAGGAGAGAUCAGAUGAGACCGAGUGGGAGCCGUCUGACAAGGAAGACAUUGUAAUGGACUCUGAUUCUUCUGAGGAUUUGGAAAUGGCAGGUUCCUCUGGUCUAACAGAAAAGGCCAACGUUGAUAAUUCUCAGAGCGGAAUAGAGAAAGAAGAGAGACUUGUGGAGUGGUGCACUGACUGUGGAGCCGAGCCUGUACUCGCCUGCACCACACAGCGCCAUAAGAAGCUGUACGCCUGUGGUGUGUGUGUGAGUGAGGUCCAACAAGCUGUUGGAUUUGACCGAUUCUACAUGCAGUUCGAGGACCCGGCCAGCUUCAAGGAACAUGUACGACGUGAACACAACACAAAACCUCAUAGGUUGCUCUGUACAGACUGUGGCAUCUUUCCUCACAAGAAGGACCAUUGGUGUGAGCACAAGAUCAAGAAAUUCCGCUGUGUAGACUGUGGUAAGCGCUGUAGGACUGAAACGGGUAUCAAGAUUCACAGGCACCUCCACCACCCUGACCAUGUUUUCCCCUGUAAGUUCUGCCUGCAGCCAUUCAAAACCAGGUCAGACAAACUGACACACGAUGAAAGCCAUCAGGGUGAGAUCUCUCCCUACCAUUGCUCAGAAUGCUCCGGAAAAUUUGAUGACCUAAUGGCAAGGAACAGCCACCUACGAACCCACAGCAACCUGAAUAGAAACAUCUGCCACACUUGUUACAAAGAAUAUUCUAACAAAAACCAUCUGGAGAGGCACAUGCUUAUUCACACAAGGCAGAAGCCCCACAUGUGCCAGGUCUGCCAACAGUCCUUCAACCAAGCGAGCCACCUUAAGUCCCACAUGCGCCUCCACACAGGGGAGAGGCCCUUCAAGUGCCAGCAGUGUGAGAAGUGCUUCAAUCACAAUGUCAGUUUGAAGAACCACAUCCAACGCUAUCAUGGCCCUGAGAAGAGCUGAGGAAGAGGAGAGUUACACAGGCUGAGGGAGAGGAGAGUUACAGGCUGAGGGAGAGGAGACUACCGCAGGCUGAGGGAGAGGAGACUACCGCAGGCUGAGGGAGAGGAGACUACCGCAGGCUGAGGGAGAGGAGACUACCGCAGGCU